CCAAUCGACGAGUAGUCCCCCGCGCGUGGAAUUAUCAUCUUUCAAGCGUGAAAUGCGGUUUCUCUUCCUUUCUCUUGCGUCGCUCCUGGUCUUACCACUCGUGGACGUUGAUUUCCGUCCCUCUUGAACUGAUUGUCGCGACCCCUCCCAGCCUCAGCCCUACCGACAAUUCCCUGCAACUCGGAGCAAGCGCUGCGCAAUUCACCACCUCAUUUGAAUUUAGCAGUCUGGCAUCAACAAAACUUCAGCUCGAACUCACUCGGACAGGGACCGCAAGCUCAGGCUAUCAUCCAGGAAUCCUUUCAGACUCGUCAUUCAAUAACUCUGCUGCUUCUCCAGGAUUGGGAUUGGUCAAACAUAACCCCACCAACUUCAGCUACAUCACCUGCUGAAGAUUAUUAGUCCGCCUUUCACUGUUGUCUUGUAAGGCUCUCCCAUUCGCCAUCGGAGACUGUCGCUGCUGCAACACUGUCCCGUAGUCACUCAGCAAUUAUGCCGGUACAAUUUGCUGCGAAGAGGUUGGGGAAGGAAUUGAAUAAGAUCCAAAAUGGCCUCCCACCUGGUAUUGAGCUCGUCUCCGCGGACAACUUGGAAGAGUGGCUUCUGGAUAUACGAGUCCUCGACAACAACCCGCUUUACCUUAACGAUACAUAUCGACUAAAGUUCCGAUUCGGCCAGUCAUACCCCAUCGAGCCUCCCGAAGUGGUAUUCGUCAAGCAAGCCGACCGGCCGAUUCCGAUCCACCCGCACAUCUAUUCCAACGGAAUCAUCUGUCUCGACCUACUUGGUCAACAGGGUUGGAGCCCCGUGCAAAGCGUGGAAAGUGUGUGCAUGAGCCUACAAAGCAUGUUGACCGGGAACACCAAGAACGAACGACCUCCCGGCGAUGAGGAAUUUGUUCGCGCCAACAAGCAGCGUCCCAAGGAUAUCGAGUUCUACUACCACGACAACACCGUCUAGAGGAAGAACGGGGGUCGGCGACAGAACAUCUUGCGAAAAUGGCGCUGGGAAUUGGGACGGCGUUGCUUUUUCGGUACACAGCGCUUCCAGCGUCCAAUCUGGAUGGUCUAGUCAUCCACACCGGAUGGGGUGUAGUUCGUAUUGUUUGCAUUAUGAGGAGUUCACAUACUUGCAAGUUGGCUCGGAUUUAAUACUGGCGCAUAAAGGGUUAUGGGAAGGUGAGUUGAAGUUGAUGAGCAUUUGGAAUUGCUCGACUCGGCACUGGAACAGCGAGCCUGUUUGAUAUGCAGUUUUUCGCAAGAUUGGUGAUUAGUUAUACUCAGCACCGGGACCUUAAAUUUCACCAAAUACUCAGCAUAGCUACUCGGCAGCGAAAGACAUUGAUUGAUUUUCUAUGC